AAUGUAUCGUUUCAGGUCAAUGUAUUAUUUUAUUAUUAAUGUUCAACACAUUUUUUUAAUAAUUGUUUUCUUUCUAAUUAACGACUGGUCAACCGAUUUGUCAGUUAAUGCAAGCUUUGGAAGACCUACACUUCCAGCUAGACUGCCAGCACAUCCUCCUCGAACUUUCCCCAGGCCCAGACCCAAUCAAUUUAGACCCAAUCCACUUAGAGCCCCACCUCGUGGGCGUCCCUUUACAAAUGCACCAGUUCAACGGAAUUUUGGAGUAAAGGGAAGAAAUUUGCCUUUAGCCUCUUCUAGGUACUUUUUACAGUAAAAGCUCAUUAUAAGAUACUCCCAAUAUUGGAUACACCUCUAUUUAAGAGACACCUCUAUCUAACAUACGCUCUUCAAAAGUAUUGGUUGGCCACUGGAUAGAGAUUCAACGAAAAUCUCUAUUUAACAUGCCCUCAUUAUAAUAGACUUUUUUACCCCAUGUGGGUAUCUUAUAAUGACGUUCGAUUACCAGUCCUCUUUUUAGAAAUUAAUUUUUUUAUUUUAUUUAGAAAGCCUUUCGGACAAUUAAGGGCUCCUCCUGCCGCACAUUCAUUAGCACAUCAUAGACCACCAGCAAGUCUUGCUCACAUUCCUUUAAAUUUAAUUUUUACUCCUGGAGCUCCUG